GUUAGAAUUUUUGAAACGGGAUACAAUAGUGAUCCGAAACUUUAUAAUGGAGAAUAUUUCUCAUCGGACUCUGAAAUUGUAAAAAAAUCACUUACAAAUAUUUUUCUUGAGGUAAAACAUUGUGAUGAUAACAAUGAUGAGGAGGACGAUAAUAUUUCAGAACCGAUGAAUAAUGAUAAUUAUGUCAAUAUUGUAAAAUCCAAAAGUAAUUGUGAAUUUGAAAAAGCAAGUCAAUUAGUUAAUGUGCCAAAGCCGAAAUAUACAAUAAGCAAACCUAAAUAUGUACUUCAUGAUAUUGCACAAGAAUUACUUUCAAGUUUAUGUUUGUAUCCUUUAAAAGGGAAUAAAUGGUUAUGGAAUGGUUAUAACAUUUGUAAUAUUUUCCAAGAUGAUAAAAUCAUCAAAACACCAUUAAGCAUAGGUGUUGUUAAUUUUCAUAAUAUCCUAUGCAUAGAAUCCCUUCCAUCUACACUUAUUACACAUAUUCAAGAACAAAUGGAAGAUGAAGAUGUUGACACAAUCUCCUUUGAUGAUACUAAAAAAUUUGGAAUAAAUAAGCUUGCAAUUGACAUUGAUGAAGAAAUUAUAAAAUAUCUGAAUAUGUUUCAAGAUUGU